AUGCCCCGAGAAUUGGCAUUGCCACCGCAAGAGUUUGACUGGGAGAUAUACGCACUGAGUCAAAGUUCAAGUGGGAUCAACGGACUGUACUAUGUAUUGCUGGAUUUGCUGGAGACAACAGGAUCGGCGAAGCACCAGAAUACACUUGUGUUAGUUAUGAGCGACGGAGCUCUUGGAGGCAGCGGAGCGGAGCAGACAGAAGCGACCAAAGAGUUACUAACCAAGUUCCUUGAAAAGAACUGGUUCGUGGCUACACGCUUUGAACGAUUGGUUUCUGGACAUACAAGAGCAGUAUCAGACGAAGAAGAGGUGUGGGUGGAGCCAGUGUGGCCUAGUAGCCAUCGUGUAGAAGAACCAGUUUUAACGAACUCGCCAGUGCCACAAUCUCCACCUCAGUCUGCGUGGGGAGCCACAGCUAUCACGACGUUAUCGUUGUUUCCUACCACGCCGGUAUUGACGAUGGAGCAGAAGUUGGAACAGAAAAUGAGGCUGGAAGAUGAACGUAAAGAUCUGCUCGAACGUCUACGUAAGAACCAGGAGGCUCUAAACGUUCUUGAAUUGGAGACGUGGUCGAUGCAGAUUCCGCAACAACAAGAACUGACGCGAGUGGCGCAACAAGCGAGUGACAAACAACUGGCGAUUCGUAUGGCUGAAGAAGAAGAAAUGCAAUUAAAGUUGCUGCAAGAGUACGAGAAAGCUCAAGAAGAAGAACCAUGGACUUGGGCCUAA